AUGGCCCCAAUGGGUGAGCCAUUCUCUAAAGACACGUUACCAACUAAGUUACCACUGGGUGCAUUAGGUGAAUUAUUCUUAACGGGUAAAUUAACAGGUGAGCUUUUCUCCAAAGAUGUAUUAUCAGCUAAGUUACCACUGGAUGUAUUGGAUGAAUUAUUCUCAAUGAGUAAAUUAAUGG